UCUUGAUUGAAGCAGUGCAGGUUUGACAAAUCGACUGAAGCACCAACCCAAAGCUCUCACCAAUAUGCUCAACCUCCUGCCCCUGGCGCCGCCCGCACAAGGCCCCCUAGCCCGCUACCGUCUUCUCUCUCCCACAGCCUCGAUUCGCGUCAGCCCGCUAUGUCUCGGGGGCAUGAGCUUGGGCGAUGCCUGGAAAGACUUCCUGGGCCCGUGUGACGAGAAGACCACCGAGGAGAUCCUCGACUACUUCUUCGAGCAGGGAGGCAACUUCAUCGACACGUCCAACAACUACCAGUUCGAAGAGUCCGAGACGCGCAUCGGCAACUGGAUGAGGAAGCGCAACAACCGCGACCAGAUGGUGAUUGCGACCAAGUACACCACCUGCUACAUGGGCGUCGACGCCGGCAUGACGCCCAAGCAGCACAUCCUCGUCAACUACACCGGCAACGGCUCCAAGAGCAUGCGCUUGUCGGUCGAGGCCAGCCUCAAAAAGCUGCAAACCGACUACAUCGAUCUGCUUUACGUGCACUGGUGGGACUUCUCGGCGUCGAUCCCCGAGCUGAUGCAGUCACUCAACCACCUGGUGGCCGCGGGCAAGGUGCUCUACCUCGGCGUCUCGGACACGCCAGCUUGGGUGGUCAGCAAGGCGAACGAGUACGCCCGCUGCCAUGGGCUGCGCCAGUUCUCGGUCUACCAGGGCCGGUGGUCGGCCGCGGCCCGCGAUUUCGAGCGUGACAUCAUCCCCAUGUGCCGUGCCGAGGGCAUGGCGCUGGCCCCCUGGGGCGCUCUGGGGGCUGGCAAGUUCAAGACCGAGGCGCAGCGGCAGACGGCCAAGAAGGAAGGCCGCGCCGUCGAGGCGUCGCCGGCCGAGAUCCAAGUCAGCCGGGCGCUCGAGGCGGUGGCCCAGCGUAAGAACACGCUCGUCACCAGCGUCGCGCUGGCCUAUGUCUCCGCGAAGGCGCCGUAUGUGUUCCCCAUUGUCGGGUGCCGCACCCUGGACCACCUCAAGGGCAACAUCGAGGCGCUCUACCUCAAGCUCUCGAAGGAGGACAUCGAUGAGAUAGAGAGCGCAGCGCCGUUUGAUCUUGGAUUUCCCCUAACCCUCCUCUACGGGGGUAACAAGGCACCCGAGGUCCCUGGCGCGGUUUGGGUUCUGGCCAUGGGCGGCACGCUAGAUCAUGUCCCGGAGUCAAAGCCUUUUGCGAAGGAGUAGGCGGAAAUGACGGUCAGAAUCAAGCCUAGGGUAGAGAAAUGAUAUUGAAUUGCCAG